GCUUGUACGAACAAAAUUGACAAUUUCUACGACUCGCGUUCUGGCUUGUAUAAUUGUCUCAGUAACUUGCUCUACAUUGGUCCUGAUUCGUUGUGUGAGAGCAUCUGCAAAGUAGGUAUUUUCGCCGGCUACUCGCCAAGAAGCGAACUUGUGCAGAUUGAAUAUCUCGGUCUCUCUGCAACACAAGACAUCUGCGCCCUGUCCCCAUAGACGUGUCAGGAUGCUCGCCAGAAGCGCCUUAUGCCCUGCGAGGGCUUUUGCGACCCGUUAUCCGCCGUCGACAAUUGCUCCAUGCGGGACAAUCGCGGCCUCAUUCUCGACAUGCACACGACCGACCAAGUUCCAGCAAUCGCAGAGGUCAUCCAUCAGCUCGCAAGCUACCUUCCCCCGCAAGACGGCUGUUCGCAAUGCCUCGACGUCGUCGCCAUCCGCAGCUAGCCCUACCCCGAGCACGCAAGUACAACUCACCUGGAACGGCUUUUUCGCUCUCCGCCGCACGCGCCGGAGAAUUGGACAGGCCUGCUCUGGUGUAGGCGCAAUCGGUGUGACGUACUAUGGCCUCACGACGAUGCUCAACAAUGGUUACGAUGCGGUCCUUUCCGCGCAGUUGGGCAAUGUGGAUCCGAUGAUGGUCAUGGGGCUGAGUACGUUGGGAAUGAUGGCUGUGGGAUGGCUCAUUGGUCCAAUAUUCGGAAACCAGGUUUUCAAUCUGGUGUACAGGCGUGUUCUUGGGGAGUUUGGGCGGAAAGAUUCGGCCUUUUUCAAUCGCAUCAAGCGUCACCGAGUCGACCCGACUGCCUCGUCGCUGGCCAACCCUCCCCCAGACUACUACGGCGAGAAGAUUGGCAGCGUAGCCGGCUACCGACGGUGGCUGAAGGACCAACGCGCCUUCAACCUCAAGACGGGCAGGUACAAGGGGAGCAGGUAAAAGCUUGAACACGAAUGGAAGAAUGGCCCCGGAAUAUCGAUACAUGUGGAUCGAAAAGAGGACUGGAGGAGUGAUCAUGCAUGCGGACGCAUUCGGAGCAGGCAGCACAGGUUGCAUACAUUUUCUUAUUUUCUGUAAGUUUAUUAACAUCGCUCUUACACUCGAUGUCUCCACUCUCAGGCCUCAUAUUACGGCCACAUCUCACGCUGUAUAACCGUAAUGAGACCUUCACUGGCAUUAGAAGAGGACUGCAAUACACCAUCUCAAUCAGAC